AUGCGGCCGGCGAGGGACUGUGAGGGCCCCGGUGCAGUGCAGUCACAGCCAGGCAUCUGCUGCGGGGCCGGCCCCUCCAGGCCCCUGCCUCUCCCACCCUCCUGCUUCUGCUAUGAAGGGAGCUGGCAGGUUUGGGGCCAGAAGGAAGCCGGUGGCUCUGGUGACCUGGACUGCUGCCUGAGCUGGGUGUCAGGCCCAGCGGUUCUCACGCAGGCCUUGGGCAGGCUGCCAGUUCAGCCCCACCUUGCAAAGGGGCUGUGCUCCCUCCUGGUUCCAGAAGUGGCUGGAAGGCUCUUCUGUCCUCUGAGGUCGGACCCGCAGCUGCUUGCCCGGUUCUACUACGCCGACGAGGAGCUGAACCAGGUGGCCGCGGAGCUGGACAGCCUGGACGGGCGGAAGGACCCCCAGCGGUGCACGCUGCUGGUCAGCCAGUUCCGCUCCUGCCAGGACAACGUACUGAACAUCAUUAACCAGAUCAUGGAUGAGUGCAUCCCCCAGGACCGCGCCCCGAGGGAUUUCUGCGUCAAGUUCCCUGAGGAGAUCCGGCACGACAACCUGGCUGGCCAGCUGUGGUUCGGAGCUGAGUGCCUGGCCGCCGGCUCCAUCAUCAUGAACCGGGAGCUGGAGAGCAUGGCCAUGCGCCCGCUGGCCAAGGAGCUGACGCGCAGCCUGGAGGACGUGCGGGGCGCGCUCCGCGACCAGGCGCUGCGGGACCUGAACACCUACACGGAGAAGAUGCGGGAAGCGCUGAGGCACUUCGACGUCCUGUUCGCCGAGUUCGAGCUGAGCUACGUCUCGGCCAUGGUGCCCGUGAAGUCUCCCAGAGAGUACUAUGUGCAGCAAGAGGUCAUCGUGCUCUUCUGCGAGACAGUGGAGAGGUGAGGACAGGGCUGCAUGGGGAGUCCCU